UAGCACAAAAUGCGACACUAGCACACACUAGCACUAACAUACAACACACGACACUAGCCCGACAUACAAACACACACACUUACCCGACACCCCGAGCGUUCAGUUUGCAACCUACUUCAAUCUCACUCCGAUCCUCACAUUUCUUUUGAAUUUUUGAUACAUCAAAGGAGGGUUUCUGACUUUUGAGAUAUAUAGAAUGAUUAUGGUUUUCUAGCCGUUCUAAAAAUUUUGGCGUUUGGCACGCCACGCGGAAAUUUUGUCGCACAGCUCGCCAAUUUGGUCAGAUUAAUAUUUAUAGUAUUUUUUGAAAAGCACUGAGUUUAGCAGGGUUUUUUUUUUUUAUUUUAUGGAUUUUUAAAUUUAUGAAGUUUUAAGUUUUUUUUUAAUUCGUCUAAAUCGAAGGAAUUUUUUGACCAUGGCGGCCGUUCUUGAAUACGUAGCCACCGAGGUUCUCGAAUUGACAUGUAGCUGCACACGCCACCAAGAAGAUCCGCGGCAUUUACAACUUGCUAUACCAAUUGACAAGGAAUUUAACAAGGUGGAAAAUUAUUUUACAAUAAUGAUAUUGAGAUUAAGAAAAGAUGUUAUUGCUUAA